AUGGGCAAGGAUCACGACCUGGUGAUUGCAGCCAAGACCGGCAAUCUGAGCGCCGUGGAGAAGAUACUGGUGCAGAAGGCCAAGAGAACGGGACCGCUGGCUAGUUUGAGAAGAGGUGCUGGAGUAAAUACUCAAGACCAAACUGGCUUUACUGCAUUGCAUCAUGCUUCAUUAAAUGCGUACAAGGAAAUCGUUCAACUUCUCUUAUGUAACGAAGCGUCAACAAACGUGGUUGAUCAUAAAGGUGCUGCUCCACUACACUACGCUGCAUGGAGGGGCAAUGUUGACAUAGUCCGCUUGUUGCUCUGCCACGGGCCGUCAAUACCCAAUGUCAAUCAUAUGACUAAAAAUCGUGAAACUCCAUUACAUUGUGCUGCCGAACACGGUCAUUCGGGUGUGGUAGUACUACUCCUAGAACAUGGUGCUGAUCCUACUAUAAGAAAUCACAAACACGAAACUCCUUUAGACUUAUGCGCACAGUAUGGAAGACUAGAGACAGUGGAACUAAUUAUUACCAAACGACCAGAACUGAUAAGAUCGUACAAUUCUCGCGCGGCAGGUAUAAUGUUUGCUCACACUCCCUUACAUUUAGCAAGCCGAAAUGGCCACAAGACUGUAGUAGAGCUGCUAUUAUCGGCUGGAAUGGACGUCAACGUUCGUACCGGUAGCGGCACUGCACUUCACGAAGCUGCUCAAUGUGGCAAGACCGAAGUAGCUAGAACAUUACUAGACCAUGGUAUUAAUACCCAUAUACGGGAUAUCCAUAGGCGUACAGUAGAAGAUCUUUUAAAACAAUUUCCACCCAAAGCUGGUCCUGCUGUAGAAAUAGCAGCCAUGCUACAAAACCACCAGUUUAAUAAUAAUAAUGAAAGUGAUAUGGAAACCGAAAGGAGGAGUGAAAAUGGUGAUUUGGUUCCCGUACCUCUAUUAAGUAGUCCCUAUGAAAACAUGUUAUCACCUAGUCCUUCUCCCACUCGCUGGGAAAAACACAAAAGUCGCCGUGUAUCGGAAUCAUCGGCGAUUUCCGAUGGAAAUUACCAUUCUGGCCGUUGGUACAAAAAUGAACCUACUCCACUUUCUAGGUCCUUAAUAGAAUCUAGUUUUCUCUCGGGCCCUGAGUUGGACACUGUAAGUAUAAGUUCUUCGACAACUUCUAGUGGUCAUAGACCCGUAUCUUCUUCAAUCUAUUUACCAAUGGCUCCAUUGAAUCCAAGUGCACCCAAUAUUUCUCCUGGGGCAUCUAAAAGACUUACACCUGCAGCCGAUUCCCCUUCUCGAGUGUCCGCUAGCAGCAGUAGCGGACCUUAUGAAUAUUUAUACCAUGCAACUUCUGGCUCACCUUCGUCUGAUCAAAGUCGUCGAGGAGAAGUAUUACGUCGAGAGAAAUCAGCUGAUCAGUAUGUUGAAAUGAAACUACGGCCAACUUCAGGUGAAGAGCCUGUAGCGCUAACUUCAAUUUACCAAAAUGUCCCAAUUCGCACAACCAACCCCAGACGAAAGCUCAAAAGACACGAUAAAGAUCCAGGUGCAAUAUUAUCACGGGGUGGCUUGCAGUUUAAACGUGUCGAACUUGAACCUGCUACAACUAACCAGGUUAUCGUCUCCGACCAUAAUGGUUUUAUUACUACUACCAUUUCAUCAUCCAGAGAAAGUUUACUCGACGGCAAUGACACGCCUUCAGCCGACUGGCCUCUAAGUCCUACACAUUAUCGUCAACCUCCUACCCCUGAUCAUCCACCGCCAUCACCAUUGCAAGCUGAACGUAGCAUACACGCUAGAAUAAGACCACUAAGUCAGAUUUAUAGUAAUCUAAAAAGAAAAUCAAAAGAUAUGGAAACAGAAAUCGAAGAAGAUUUAUUAGUGAUUACUUGGGUACCUGAGUCUCAUGCAUUAUUGACUGAUAAAAGUGUGUCUACCUCUGAAGAAACUGCCGUAGAAGAAUUCGUAGGGGAUGCUACCUUUGCAGGAUUACUGAGGGGAUCAAUCAAUAGUAAUAGAGCAGAAAGGCCGAAGACUUUGCGUAAAUUACGUACAGUAUAUGACCCUCCGGUCAUAGCUCAAUCGCCUGGUUCCGCAGAAGAUCAGUCAAAAAGUUCUAACACUAUGUUGAGUCCGUUCGAUGAACAAGAGGAAUGGGCUAAAAUUUCUGAUUUAAUAACGAAUCUUGGAGGCGGAAAUGCUAAGGAAUCUAUGUGUAAUGAGCUUGAAAAAGAAUUCCAAGCCAGACUAGGAUUAAAUAGAUCUGAUAGUAAAGACAAAUCUCGAAUAAAUGGUAAUGAUAGUCCAUUGACGGUUGAAUCAUGGUUAUUCGGAUUGGGUUUCCAAGACUUUGUUAAUGCAUUCAUUGAAUUUGGCUAUGAUAAUUUGGACUUUAUUUGUGGCGUAUUAGUAGAAUCAGAUUUAAAAGACAUGGGUAUAGAAAACGAAACCGAUCGAACAAAGAUUUUAGAAUCUGCUAACGAUUUACCAUGCUUAGUAAAAGAAUUCUGGUCAAAGCGUUAUACUAAAGAUACGCCUAAAGCAAAAAGCAAAUCCAUUGCUGAUCUAGAUCAAGUUGACGACGAAGAAGAUGCCAAACAGAUGGAAGAAUGGUUGACUAGCAUUGGGCUGGCUUGCUACAUAGAUACGUUCCGAAAACAUUUGUAUACGGAUCUUGAGCGAAUAGCGAGAAUUUGGGAAGUGGAACUCACCGCGGUGCUAGAAAUCAACAAGCCUGGUCAUAGAAGAAGAAUACUGUCAUCUGUCGAUAACAGUAAGUCCCAGUUACUUCAAGCUGUUUCUGUCGGUGAUGGUUUAAACGAUAUUGGCAACGAUCUCAAGCAAUUGAAAAAUAACAUCCAGUCACUAAAAGAAAAAGUUGGUUCAAAACAUUCGGUUCACGUGGCGUCUGGCACUGUUACGCUUCGGCAUAACCCUAAAAAGUCCAGGCAUGCUCCUCUUCCACCACCAUUACAAAACUUUUCUAAUCGCAACAACAGUGACCUCAUAAUCAGAGGACCUUCAGAACUGCUUUUUGGCGUUCCUUCUACGCUGAUUACGCAGUGGAGACACCAGCCAGCGGCGCUGGUCACCGGAAACGUCAAAUACAUAGCCUCGUAUUUGGGUUCCACCGAGGUAAAAGAACCCAGGGGCACGGAGUCGACUAAACAGUCCAUUCAAAAACUUAAGCACGCUGUAGCCAGUGGUGCCCAACGGACGUUGCCAGAAGUGGCGCUAGUAAUAUCAUACAGAGGUGUUCGGUUUAUGGACCCCAUGUCGGGUAGUUUGGUGUGCGAGCAUGAGAUUCGCAACAUAGAUUGCGCAUGUCAAGACGCGGAUGAUUUGAACCAUUUUGCAUAUAUUACGAAAGACCAUCACACCAGUUCACAUUACAGUCACGUGUUCAGCGUGUCUUCCAUGGACCAAGCAACCGAAAUCAUUUUGACACUGGGUCAAGCGUUUGAAGUUGCCUAUCAAAUGGCACUCAAAGGUCAGACCAACACGGGCAAUCGGAACGGCAAUAACGGUCACACGAGAUCACACUCGGCCAACCACAUGUUGCCGAACAUGAUCACCGGUACUCGGGACGGUCGGAGCAGUUCCCAUCAGCACGCUAGAUCACAUUCCGUGAACGAGAUCAAAGUGAAUGGUAUCCAAAAAGGCGAGUCGAACGAAAAGUCUUAA